AUCUCAACUAGACAAGGAAGGGAUCUAUUGCUCUGGAUUGCUUGGGUCAAGAGCCCCCCUAAGGACUGCCAUAUCAAAGCAUCUGGCAGGAAGUGGCCGACAGUGACCCAAACAGCCUUGUGCAGCCCAUUCACAGUUCUGAACAGCCUCUCCAGACAGUUCACGUGCCACCUGACAUGGGUCUGCAAGAGUCACCCUUCUCCAGCUGCUUCUUGGCGAGUGUAUAUAUCGUGAUCAAAAAAAUCAUGAAUUUCAGCUUUUGGUCCUUGAACAAACUGCUGGCCUUGAAGCAGACCACAGCGGAGAAGCAGGAGUACCAGCGCCAGCGAUGCCUGCCGUAUGCCCUGUGGGCCUUACCUAAGGGCCUCCUCUUUCUGCUGCUCUUGCUAGCCUCUUUACCUUCCACUGUGCUGUGCCUUCCGGUGUGGCUUCUCCUCCAGAUUGCUCGUCGUCCUUUUGCUUACCAGCACGUAUUCAGGAAGACUUCGCCAGAAGAGUGGAUGCUUCCUGGUAAGGCCAAGGACUUCCGCUUUGUCAGUUCCAAUGUCUGCCUCAUGCCUGAUGGCUUGGCCAAAUUCAAUAACCUGGGACAAACCCAGAAGCGUGCCAAACAGAUUGCCCAAGGAUUUGUGCAGGCUGUAAGCCACAUCGUUCCACCACAUGAUGCAAACUCCAGAGGCAACUUCUUUAAUGGUUUUGACAUCUCCUAUGAGAAGCAUGAGGCUACUGAAUCCAGCUCCUGUAUGAUUGACAUUGAUAUGGCCAACGAGAUGCCCCUUGACGAGGAGAAGGACACUUUGCCACGAGAGAUCACUGCCUCCUUCCCCACAAAUGCAGACUUUUUAUGCCUGCAGGAGGUUUUUGAUGAGAAGGCGGCAGCCUGCCUGCUCAAAUCCCUUGGCCCCUACUAUGAGCACAUCAUCUACGAUGUGGGCUUCUAUGGUUUCAUUUGCUGCUCCGCCUUGAAAUGGCUCAGUUGCUUAAAUUUGUGCAGCUACAGUAAACAGCUCAACUGCUUGAAACUGUUCAACAGUGGGCUCUUCCUCGCCAGUCGUUACCCUGUGAUGGCUGUGAAGUACCAUUGUUACCCGAAUGGUAGAAACUUGGAUGCCCUUUCUGCCAAAGGAUUGCUCUGUGUUCAGGUUCAGCUGGGAGUUUCCCAAGGGCAAAGGAUUGUGGGGUACAUAUACUGCACACACCUUGAUGCCAACACAGAUGGUGGACAGAUCCGGUGUGACCAGCUAAAGCAAGCUCUGCACUGGACAGAGCAAUUUCAGGAGACAAAUGCUCAGCGUGGAGACAUUGUGGCAUUUGAUAUCUUCUGUGGGGAUUUAAACUUUGACAACUGCUCUUCAGGUGAUAAGUUGGAACAAGUUCAUGAGAUCUUCAACCUGUACACAGAUCCAUGUCGCAUUGGGCCACAGCAGGAAAAGCCCUGGGCCCUUGGUACCAUGCUGAAGUCUCUGAAGAUCUAUGAUGAGGCAGUGGCAACCCCAGAGAACAUGAAGAGGACUCUGGAGGAUGAAAAGGAAAGGAAAAAGUACCUGGAAGGCCCUGUUCUGGCAAAUGGGCAGCCUGACCUUUCAGCAAUGUGGUGCGAGGGGCGCCGCCUGGACUAUAUCCUUUACCGGGAGCAUCAUGGCCCUGUGGAACUGAAAGCGGCUGUGAAGAAAUUCUCCUUUAUCACCAAGCUGGCCACAUGCUCUGACCACUUGCCCUUGGGUAUACAACUCUCUGUGGCUCCAAAGACGCAUCCCAUCGUGUGAACCCUCUCUGCUGCUGUGCAAGAAAGAUGUCCAUGGGCACAGAGGACCAAGAUACCCUCUCCAAACCAGAACCCUUUGACAAAGUAGCACCCCUGCUCUGGGCAGCAUUGGCUCUUGGCCCUUUGCCCUCUUAAAUGGAAAACAAGAGGUUGCCAAUCUGACAGUGCAAGAAAAGUGGUUUUUGUGGCAAUUGGCAGUUGCUGGCGUGACAUUCGGGUGUGUCUGUGUGGAGGCACUGAUCCAGUCUCUCUUCUCAGAAGGGGCCUUUAGGAAAGCUAGUGGCUCACUAGAUCUAGAAAGGCUGCCUGAAUUGGCCAUUACAGUCUGAAUUUAGAAUGUUACCAAUCACAGAUGUAACAUACAGGUUUGGUGUACUGGGAUGUUCUAAAGUGAUUAGAAAUUUUCUUCCUGCCCUUGAGCAGUAAAUCAACAUUGGCAAAUCACCCUUUCAGUGUAAUCCAACCAAUAGCCCCAGAGAGGCAGAGAUGGGCUUUCUGGGAGGCUAGUAGGACCACAGCUGAUGUGGUCCACUCUUGUCCCAAAGACCACCAUCAGUUGCCAGCAUGUCACACGUGGCGGAGAUCGGUACCCUCACAUGUGUACAGACUCGCCAAAGCAAUAUUUUCCUUAAUUUCUCCAUAUGUGCUUAGAAUUUAUUAAUGAGUAUUCAAAUAUUGUAAUGUACAAUAGAAAAUCAUCCAGAAUGACUGUGUAGUUCAUUCAAAUUUAUGGCGUAGAACAAAAUGUGAACACAGAUCAUUUGCAAACGUCAUGAAAUGUAUGUGUUUCCAAACUACUUGUGAAAAAAUGAGCCCAGAGCAAGUUUCUCUCUUUGAGCACCAUCCAGCCAAAGACAAGUCCUUAAGUGCCCCUGAUCUCAUUGGGAAAACUAAGUGUAGGACGCAAACACACUUUGUGUCCACUGUAACCAGUUGAAAGUGAAUCAAACCAAUCUUCACUUCCAGGCUACAAAAUGCAAUUGUUCAUAAAAAUAUCUGAAGGACAAAUUGCUGACCAUCUGCUGUGCUUUCAAAGUGGCAAGUUUUCUGACUUACCGACAGCCCCCUAAACUGAAACAACUUCUCACCGACAAUAUUGGGCCAUCUAACAGGGAAACAAACAUAGGAACCAGACCCUGCAACAAACCAAGGCACCAAAUUUGCCGCAUGUACACUGAAUAUGUUCACUGUACUUAGCCCCAUUUGGGGUGCAUUAAUUUCCCCAUUCUUCAAUGAAUGGACACGAAUCUGACAUUAAAUAGCAGAGAAAUCAGUAAAUCCAAAUCCAAAUCCAAAAAACCUUUAUUAGGCAUAAAACCAGUGCCAAGAAUUACAAAUACAAUAAAAAGAUCAUUAUUGCUCUACUUGCAGUACACAGAGCAAAAAC